AUGUUUCUCAUCGCUAUUAUUUUCAUGUCCUACCUGGCCCCGUAUGUGGCUGCUAGCAAGGGCGCAGGGCCUUAUCAGACUAUGUAUAUGUGGUAUGCGUACCGCAUGGAUAUCGAGGCCUUUGGCGCACGACCAGAGAUGAUCGCACCCAAUUGCUUCGGCUCCGUCCCCGACGGCACCUGCUACUUGGACGAGUUCAUCAAGCACCUCCAGAGAGAUGGACAUGAGCUUCCCGAAGGCCAAGACACCACGGCUGGAAAGUAUUUCUAUCCUGACGCCGUCGAUAUGGCCGACGAAAUCGGCAAAUUACAGGUCUCGGACGGAAAGGGCGGAACUAAAGACUUCAUCCCCAACCAAGACCCCGAAAAAAUUUUGCCAGGCGCUUUCACGGAGCCGAACCCGCGAAUCGCCGACGUCAUGAGCAAAAUCACUGAUAAGAUGCAGGCUGCCCGUCGCCAUCUUGGCGAUGAUGCAGUCAAGGACGGUCUCGCAGAGGCACGCAAUGCCAUUCAGGGCGCACAUGAGGGACGCCUGGCCGAAAACGGCCAGGAAUUUAUCGACGAGGUCAAUGACUACCUCCACAAUGAGAAAAACUGGUCAGGCUCUGUGGACGUUAAGAAUCCGACGGCGAUUGAUGGAUCAACGUACCUAGAUAUCGAUAUCGACUUGACAAAAUCGAAGGAUCCUCAAUUUUCUUCUUAUUGGGAUGACUUCCAGACGUGGCUGAUGCAGCAAAAGAGGACUAAGAAGACAAAGUCGGGUCGAGUCCGUAUGCAUUUUGAAGCCGCUGCAGGCACUCAGCAGAUAUCGGCUCGUGCUUUCGGGGGAAAUGACUGUUAG